AUGAAUGAUCAGGUCAAUAAUCCAAACAUCCCUUAUGGUUCAUUCAACAACCCUUCCGCCUAUAUCCGGCCCAAAUGGCGUUACUGGAUUCCUGAUGCAUCCGUCGAGCCGGCGGGCGUAGCGAACGACGUUGCCGAGGCCGCCGCCCAAGGAGCUGGCGGUAUGGAGCUGUUUGGGUAUUAUUUAUACGGCGGUACCAAUCCAGCAUAUCCCGCAUAUGUUCCAACGGAUUGGGCGGUGUAUGGAUGGGGCACAGAUGUGUGGAAGACCAAUAUCCAGGACACGGCAGUCCAAGCAGCCAAUGCUAACAACAUGAUUAUUGAUUUCGCUCUUGGAGUCGGGUUCGGUGGCGCUGGUGUACCCAGUCAAUACGAUGACGUGAAUCUGGAACGUGACAUUCAACCUUUCUAUGUCAAUGUACCCGUCGGUGGUAGCUUUAACGGCACGCUACCUGGCUGGGGCACUGGUCCAAUGAUCCCUGCAUCUACGGGGCUAGUCAUUUCUGAAGGUGUCGGCAACGCAGCUUCAGUCUUGUCGACGUCCUCGUUGACCGAAGUGACCCAUCAAGUCAACGCGCAAGGCCAGAUUUCCUUGUCCUUUCCCAACGCUACCGGAACACACUACAUUCUGGCUGUCUAUUAUCUUAUCUUCACUCAUCAGCGUGAACAAGUUGGUCCGCUGGACAUCAACUCAGACUCUUUCCCCGCCAAGGCUGGCGUACCACAAUCGCAACCGGCGUCUUUCCGGAACAACGGAUCUAAUGUUUGGGAUCACUUUACCGUCGGAGGUGCGCAGGUUGCCAUCAAAUACUGGAACAAGUACCUCUUCACCGGGACAACUGGGAAGCUUCUAAAGAAAGUCGGCAACUACAUCUGGGAAGAUUCCAUUGAAUUCUUCCCAAGAUAUGCGUGGUGGAGCGCAGAACUUCCCAAGGUUUUCCAGCAGGAACACGGCUACUCCAUCAACAAGUAUCUUCCAAUCAUCGUCCGAGGACGAGUCGGCUUCGUGAACAGUGUCACGGUUUCACUCUACAACACAGAUCAAUCUGACGCUGGUUUGAGCCACCUCGAGGACUACAAGCAAACGCUUACAAACAUGUACUCCAUUUACCUCGAAACAAUGGACGACUGGGCGAACAGCUUAGGCCUACAGUACUCAGCACAGCCAUCGUACAACGCACCUUUUGACAUGCUUGCCAAUAUUCCAUUCGUCAAUGCGCCUGAAACUGAGACCCUUGGGUUCAGCCACAACAUUGAUGCAUUCCGUCAAUUUUCCGGGCCGGCGAACCUCGCUAAAAAGCGUGUUAUAUCCUCCGAGACCGGCGCAAACAUGGGUAUAGCUUAUGCUGAAACAAUCCCAAACUUAUUGUGGGACGUCAAACGGGCCUUCGCCGGAGGAAUAAACACUCAUGUAUUCCACGGAUACCCCUUCUCAGGUUAUUAUCCAAACACGACUUGGCCCGGGUUUGCAGGAUUUGACUUUGAAUACUGCGAAAUGCACGGACCGAGGCAGCCCGCUUGGGAUUUUUACGGAGAGUUCAUGAAUUACACCGCUCGCAACCAGUGGGUAUUGCAAACUGGUAUCCCGAAGGUCGACGUUGCUUUCUACCUGAAGGCUGUCAGCUACUCCUUGGGCACAUCGUACAUGCCAACUGACUUCCAAGCUGCCGGCUACACGUACGAAUACCUGAGCCCCGACAAUUUCGCGUUGCCGGCUGCCCAUGUAGCUGACAAUGUGUUGGCACCUGAGCGCCAAGCAUUCGGAGCUUUGAUUGUCAGGGCAAAUGAUACUAUGACGGUUGAGGGCGCCAAAUACAUUGCGAUGUAUGCCCACCGAGGAUUGUCUGUCGUCUUCGCUGGCGGUGUCCCUACUCUAUUCUGGGGCAACAAUCCAACCGGCGCUGCAUACGUUAACAAAACCUUGCAAUCUAUCAGGUCCCUUAAGAACGUGCACACGGUACCAUUCGCUGGUCUCGCCGCCUCGCUCGCCAGUAUCGGCGUACUCCCACGAGCCCAAGUCAGCGCCAACGGCACUUGGUAUUCUCAGUGGCGCGAAGAUACCGCAAAUGCCAUGACUUACGUUAUGCUGUACAACGAUGCAACUGGCAUAGCCUUCCCCGGCGGUUCUACUACUGGACACAUCACACUCGCCACCACCGGCGCACCUAUGCUCUACGACGCCUGGACUGGCGAUAUCACGCCCAUCACCGUCUUCACCAAGACAAGCAAUUCCAUCACCAUCCCCCUCACCAUCGCUGGUAAUCAGACCGUCAUCAUCGGCGUCAAGCACGGUAAAGCAGUAGAAGCCUCCGCCACCGCCGCACCACCAAAUGCCGUCGCCAUCUCCGCAGUGUCCGCCAGUACGUACUCCGUGAAGUCAACCGCAAAUCUCGCACCCAUCACCCUGGGUCCCUGGAACCUGACCAUCGAAGCCUGGUCGCCGCCGGCUGACCUCUACGCCUUCAACGGCUCAACCGUCAAGGCAAACACCUCCUACACCCUUGAAACCCUCGUUCCAUGGCGCCACAUCCCAAACACAAACCUCACCAACGUUUCCGGUCGCGGCUACUACACCACAACCCUCCUAUGGCCACCAGCCGGAAAGAGCAAGGCAGCGGGCGCUAUCAUCGACCUCGGUUCAAUCGUGCACUUCGCACGCGUUUACGUCAACGGUGCGCUCAUACCGCCGCUCGACCCCGUCCUGGCUCGCGCCGAUAUCGGUACCUAUCUCAAGAAGGGUAUAAAUAACGUGGAAAUUGUCGUCGCAACCACUCUCAUCAAUGUCAUCUCACCAUUUUGGAGCCAGCAGAGGACGAGUGGUGGUGCACCAACUUUCUUCGGGACUGGGGUUUUAGGUCCGGCACCGAACCAGGAUUACGGUCUGAUUUACCCGGUAGUAGUUGAGCCUUAUAAGACUAUUCUUUAUAGAAAAUAA